UCCUGCUGCCACACUGUUUACGAAGAAGCAACCAAAGAGGAAAAUAAAAAUAAAAGCGUAUUAAGAUUUCGUGAGGAAAAAAUGCUGUAGGCGCAUUGUAAAAUGCAUAUAGUGCAGAUAAAUUGCGUUUGUGAAAUGCUACAACGCGAAUUCAACAUCAAAUCGGUGCAGAACUUUAAAGUGCAAUAAUAAUAAUACUUCAAUUAUCGAAUAUACCAAAGUGCAAUUGGCCAGUUGAGACUACAACCACAAUAACAACAACAACGGCAGUGGAAUAACUUAAUAACCUUGUGGCAGUUGUGUUUUUUGUUUAUUAAGAUCACAGAUAUACAAAAGAAUUCAAGGUAAAAGGAGUAAAAGUGGUUAAAUAAUUAUACUUUACGAGGAAAACACAGUGCUUGAGUGUAAGUGUGUGUGUGUGUAGUGCCAACAAUACAAACGCAAAACAACCAAUACAAGCGCACAGCCAUAGUUUUUCAUAGAAAUAACGAAAGUAAUAGCGAUAAAUAAUACAAAACAACAACAACAACGAAGAGUCUCAAAAAGUGCUGGAAAAACUUGCGAUAAGAAAAACGCUAUUGAAAAACAAAAGAAGAAAAAAAACAGGAACCUCCACAUCGACAGAUCUUUGAAUGCUGCUGCGAUUUGAAAUCCGGCGACAAAAUGGUUUCGUUAAUUGAUACAAUCGAAGCGGCAGAAGAGAAGCAGAAGCAGCAAUCGGUGGCCACCGGCUCCUCCUCAUCGUAUUCCUCCUCCCCACAAUCUUCGUCUUCUAGUGGUUCCCUCUCACCAUCCUCGUCUUCUAGUGGUUCCCUCUCACCAUCCUCUGCCGCCCCAAAAAAUCUCACGGCCAGCGGCAAACCAAAGGAGAAACGAAGGAACAAUGAAAAGCGCAAGGAGAAGUCUCGCGAUGCGGCCAGAUGUCGUCGCUCCAAGGAGACGGAAAUUUUCAUGGAACUCUCGGCGGCUUUGCCAUUGAAAACCGACGAUGUCAAUCAACUCGAUAAGGCAUCCGUGAUGAGGAUCACUAUUGCAUUUCUCAAGAUUCGUGAGAUGCUGCAGUUUGUUCCCAGCGAUGCCAUUAAACCAGACAUGGAUGCUGUUGCUGAGCAGGCGGAGAUCAAGCACAAGGUGGAAAUGGGCAACGAGGAUUGGUUAAAGGGUCCCGAGGGCAGAGAGCUCUUGAAACAGACCAUGGACGGGUUCCUGCUGGUCCUGUCCCACGAGGGUGACAUCACCUAUGUAUCCGAGAAUGUAGUCGAGUAUCUGGGCAUUACCAAGAUUGACACUCUGGGCCAGCAAAUCUGGGAGUACUCGCACCAGUGCGACCACGCCGAGAUCAAGGACGCUCUCAGUCUCAAGCGCGAAAUUGCCGAGAAGGUCAAGGAUGAACCGCAGCAGGACUCCGUUAUGAGCACUCAUCACCGGGACCUGUUUGUGCGUUUGAAGUGCACCUUAACCAGUCGUGGAAGAAGCAUCAACAUCAAGAGCGCCUCCUACAAGGUCAUUCACAUCACAGGACACUUGGUGGUCAAUACCAAGGGCGAGCGCCUGUUGAUGGCCAUUGGUCGACCCAUUCCGCAUCCCUCGAAUAUUGAGAUACCGUUGGGCACCAGCACUUUCCUUACAAAACACUCCCUGGACAUGCGUUUCACCUACGUGGACGACAAGAUGCAUGACCUCUUGGGAUAUUCGCCCAGAGAUCUGCUCGACACUUCGCUGUUUGUCUGCCAGCAUGGAGCUGAUUCGGAGCAUCUGAUGGCCACCUUUAAGAGCGUGCUGAGCAAGGGCCAGGGUGAGACCUGUCGCUACCGGUUCCUGGGAAAAUAUGGUGGCUAUUGCUGGAUUCUUAGCCAGGCCACGAUCGUAUACGAUAAACUAAAGCCACAGAGCGUUGUUUGCGUUAACUACGUCAUAAGUAAUCUUGAGAACAAACAUGAGAUAUACUCACUUGCACAACAAACGGCGGCAAGUGAGCAAAAGGAGCACCAACCAGUUGAAAACGAGAAGGAGCCUGAAAAAGCAGUCAGUCCCGAAAUCAUCCUUCAGGAAUCCAAGGAAACAAUAGAUAUCGGGGAUAAAUCGCCGGCAAUUGAGAGCAAGGAAACAGAAAAAAUCAACAAGGAAAUACCUUUGGAAUUAGCAAGAGAUAAAAUAAUUGCAACUGCAACUGGAAGUGGUAGUGGUAGUGGAAGUGCAACUGUACCAGCAAGAAACUCAAUAAUAGUAAUUGCAACUGCUGCAGCUGCAGCUGAUAAGAUAAAACAACUACCCGAAAGCAAUCCCUUGAAACAGAUCCUCCAAGCGGAGCUGCACAUCAAGCGAGAGAAUCACUCGCCAGGACCGCGCACCAUUACCGCCCAGCUGCUCAGCGGCAACAGCGGCGGUCUGCGUCCCGAGGAGAAGCGUCCCAAGUCGGUGACCGCUUCGGUCUUCCGCCCGAGUCCCGCUUCACCCCUGACCCCACCGGCAGCGGUCCACUCCAAGAAGACACCGCUCAGUGUGGAGCCCACACUGCCGCCCACAACCACCACCACGGCGGCCAUAAUCUCCUCGAGCAACCACCACCAGCAGCAGCAGCAGCAGCAGCAGCAGCAGCAGCAGCAGAUCCAACAACCAGCUCAAGAUAUGAAUAAAGGAUUCUGUUCGCUGUUCGCUGACGAUGGAAGAGGUCUGACAAUGCUUAAGGAGGAACCCGACGAUCUAUCCCACCACCUGGCCUCCACCAACUGCAUUCAGCUGGACGAGAUCACUCCGUUCAGCGACAUGCUGGUUGGCCUCAUGGGCUCCUGUCUGCUGCCCGAGGACAUCAACUCCCUGGACUCGACCACCUGCUCCACGACGGCCAGUGGCCAGCACUACCAGCACCAGAGUCCCAGCAGCAGCAGCAGCAAUUCAGCAACUAGCAACACCAGUAGCAGUAGCAACAGCUAUGCCAACAGUCCGCUCAGCCCGCUCACACCCACUCCCACGGCAACUGCCAGCAAUCCCAGUCAUCAGCAGCAACCGCAACAGCAGCAGCAACACAACCAGCAGCAGCAGCAGCAACAGCAGCUCAGCCAGCAACACCAGCAGCAGCAACAUCACCCCCAGCACCACGACAACAGCAAUAGCAGCAGCAAUAUUGAUCCGCUGUUCAACUACCGCGAGGAGUCGAACGACACAAGUUGCUCCCAGCACCUGCACUCGCCCAGCAUCACAGCAAAGAGUCCCGAGGACAGCAGCCUGCCUUCACUGUGCAGUCCCAAUUCGCUGACCCAGGAGGAUGAGUUCUCCUUCGAGGACUUUGCCAUGCGUGCUCCCUACAUCCCCAUCGGCGAUGAUAUGCCCCUGCUGACGGAGACGGAUCUCAUGUGGGGUCCGCCAGAGGAUCUGCAGAUCUCCAUGGUGCCCAAGGAGAUCGAUGCCAUGCAGCAGCAGCUGCAACAGCUGCAGCAGCAACAUCACCAGCAGUACGCAAACAAUACUGGCUACCAGCCACAGCAGCAGCAGCAACAACAUCAGCAGCAGCAGCAGCAGCAUUUCUCCAACUCUCUGUGCUCAUCGCCGGCUUCAACGGUCUCUUCAUUGUCGCCGUCGCCAGUGCAGCAGCAACAUCAGCAGCAACAGGCGGCGGUCUUCACCAGCGAUUCCAGCGAACUGGCAGCACUGCUGUGCGGAUCCGGCAAUGGAACGCUUUCGAUUCUGGGAGGAAGUGGUGUAACUGUGGCGGACGAGAUCAACGAGCGACUCCAGCAACAUCAGCAGCAGCAGCAACAGCAGCAACAGCAGCAGCAGCAGGGUGGCAGCGAGUUCAGGACUUUCCAGCAGUUGCAGCAGGAGUUGCAGUUGCAGGAGGAGCAGCAGCAACGUCAGCAGCAACAGCAACAACAGCAGCAGUUGCUCAGCCUGAGCAUCGAGUGCAAAAAGGAGAAAUACGAUGUGCCAAUGGGAGCCAGUUUAUGUAAUCCCAUUGAGGAUGCAUUCGAGAAUGACUACAGCAAGGACUCCGCUAACCUGGACUGCUGGGACCUACUGCAAAUGCAUGUGACCGAGUCGGCUCCCGUGAGCCCCUCCUCCCCAGCUCCCUGCAAGGUUUCCACCAUUCAGUUGCUCCAGCAGCAACAGCAGCAACUGCAGCAACAGCAGCAGCAGAAUAUCAUCUUGAAUGCAGUGCCAUUGAUCACCAUUCAGAAUAAUAAGGGAUUGAUGCAACAGCAGCAGCAGCAGCAGCAGGAGCAGCUGCAGCAGCCGGCUUUGAAGCUUCUAAAUGGAGCCAGCAUUGCGCCAGUGACCACCAAGGCCACCAUUCGCCUGGUGGAAAGCAAGCCACCCACAACGACGCAGCAGCGACUGGCCAAGGUGAACCUCGUCCAGCCCCAGCAGCAGCAGCAGCAGCAGCAGCAGCAGCAGCAUGGAAACAAGCGACACUUGAACAGCGCGACAGGGGCAGGAAACCCCGUGGAAUCGAAGCGCCUGAAGAGCGGCACCAUCUGCCUGGAUGUGCAGUCGCCGCAGCUGCUCCAACAGCUGAUUGGCAAGGAUCAGGCCCAGCACCAGACCCAGGCAGCCAAGCGAGCGGGCAGCGAACGCUGGUCUCAGUCGGCGGAAAGCAAGCAGCAGAAACAGCAGCAGCAGCAGCAGCAAUCGAACUCGGUCUUGAAGAACCUGCUGGUCAGCGGACGCGAUGGUAGCGAAUCCGAGCCUAUGAUGAUAGAUGACGACAACCACUCCAUGGGUCACUCAGUGGCUCUGGGCAAAUACGCUUUGCCCCUGCAUUGCCACACCUCCACGUCGGCGGUGUUGCGGGACUAUCACAACAAUCCGCUGAUCAGCGGCACCAACUUCCAGCUGUCUCCCGUCUUUGGGGGCUCAGAUGCUGGAGGAGGUGACUGUGACGCCGGGUCGGUUGUGUCCCUGGAUGAUUCGUUGCCUCCGGGCUUGACGGCUUGCGACACGGAUGCCUCCAGCGACAGUGGCAUCGAUGAGAACAGUUUGGUGGAUGGGGCAUCGGGAUCAACUCGUAAACGGCUUCCCCUAACUUCCACCACCAGUGAGCAGGCAGAAACUGCACCACCGCCCCUGGAUGCGGUGAUCCCAGUGAUCCAGCAGGCGGGUGAAGAGGAGCUCGAGGCAUGUGGCCCUGGCAGUAAUGCCCCCAGCAGCAGGAAGACCUCCAUUUCGUUCCUGGACAGCAGCAAUCCCCUGCUGCACACGCCGGCUAUGAUGGACCUGUGCAACGAUGACUACAUCAUGGGCGAGGGUGGCUUCGAGUUCAGCGAGAACCAGUUGGAGCAGGUCCUGGGAUGGCCAGAAAUUGCUUAGAUUUAACGUCUUUGCAUGCACUGCAUUUGAUGAGAGGGCAUUUGUUUUUGGGCUGAUGAGGAGAAAACAUUGAAAUUAAACUGAGCAUCGAAGAGAAGAGCUAACCAAAAGAUUGAUUUUGAGCCUUGCGUGAAAGUAGUAGAAUUCCGCACAACCAAAACGUACCCCCAAACACCCACCCACCCACGUACACACCAACCCCCCGACCGACCACUUGACCCCUGACCCCAUGCUAACCGACACACAUUUACAAACAGGAAGGGUUAAUCACACUUGAAUAGUUUUGUAGCCAUGUUAACUGCCUAGAACAGAAGAAUAUACACGUAUGUAAUUUAGUCUUAAUGUUUUUCUAUAUGCAAACCGUUUACACAACAACAACAACAACAACAGGAUGAGGAGCAAUUUAGCAGCGGAGAAGGAGUACCAGUCGAAAAAUAACGAUAAACUUAAAAAUAUACGAAAAGAAAAUAUCUUGAAAAAAUGUUCAUAGUUUUUUGCUAGAAGGCUCAAACAAGUUUUUUGGUGAUGGUUGUAUUCUGUUUUAUAACUUUCAAGCGGAAAAGCUGUGACGAAAAAAAAAGUUUUUAAACAUGUUUUACAAUAAAAUAUAAAAAAUAAAAAAAUAAAACCCAAAAAAAUAUACAAUAAUGUAAUUCUUAGUUUAAGUCAUUAAUUUCAAUGUUUUCAAAUGCUACAAUGAAUGUUUGUAGAAAUUAUAAUAUUUUAACUUUAAUUAUUUGAAUUAAGUAAAUAUCUACUCAAUUCAGUUUAUCUUAACUUUCAGGCUAUACUUUGUGCAUUUCUUAUAAAGUUAACUUUGUGUCAACCAUUUUCAAUAAUUUCUCGAUUUCUAUUAUCACUUGAUUACCGAUUGUUUAUGUAAAAUUAGUUUUAGUUCUGUUUAAGGCGCAUCAUACACAACAAACUGUUUGCUUGCUCUAAUCCAAAUCACUUCAAUGUUCAGUGUUUUUAAAAUUGUUUUAAUAUUAAUUGGCAAAAUAAAUAUAGAAUUCAUUUCGAUGAAAGUUGCAUGCAGAAAA